GCCAUAAGCAAUGUGCUCGCCCAUCGCGCGCUGACGCAAGAACCGAUUUUGCAACAUCUGCUGAAUAGUUUCGCGACCCGAUCGUUGUGUUCUUCAUGCUACUUAGCCAUUAAAAUGCAUAGACACUCGUUAGCGCUGUUAGGGCGUGCUGCGCGGCUGGGCGUUCGUGCCAUCGCCGAUGCUUCCGCGGAAGCUUUCGGCUCACAAGCUGCGCCGCUGUCGGCGUUGGCAUCUCUGCUCACGCACCAGCAUGCUGGUGUCAGCGCCGCUUGCGUGAGCUCUCUGACGGCCGCAGCGGGACCCGGCGCAGUCGGCCUGCCACUGCUGCAGGCCCGCAGCCUCCACACCUCGGGCGCCGCACUCUCGGACGACCGCUCCGCCGCGGUGCGGCGUCUGGCUGCAGCACGCACGCGGCGAGCAAAGGCGGCAUCAGACUCGGACUCUGCCUCGGCGCGGGAGCGCGCGGCCGCAGAGGAGCAGGCGCUUGUAGCCGGCGGCGAUCAGCAGCAGCAGACGGGGUUGGUGCCCGCCGCCUCCAAUGCGCUGACGGUGACGCCGGCGGAGGGCAAGGCCUCUGAGGUGCAGCUGGCGGCUGCGCUGGAUCACCCGGCACUCAUCGUGACGCGACCCAUCGAGUGGGGCACGGUUAUCUUCGGCUACGAGCAGGCCAACAAAUACACGGUGUACGACGAGACGGGGGCCAUCGUGGCGCUGGUGGCGGAGGACUAUGGCGGCCUGGGCAAGGAGAUUGGGCGGCAGCUGCUGCGCACGCGCCGCUCCUUCACCUCCACCGUGUUCUCAGCGGACGGCUCGCAGGUCCUGUUCCGGCUACGCCGCCCCGCAUACCUGGUGAGCUCCACCAUGUUUGUGGAGGACGGCGCCGGCAACGUGCUGGGUGAGAUCCACCAGCGCUGGAACCUGCUCAAACGCAACUACGACCUAUACAUGGGCAAGAGCCAGUUCGCGGCCAUCAGCGGAACCUUCCUGGCUUGGGAGUUCGAGCUCAAGGACUCGCAGGGCGGCACGCUCGCGCUGGUAGACCGCAACUUCCAGGGCUUCGCCAAGGAGAUAUUCACGGACGCCGGCAAGUACGUCAUUCACUUCGGCUACAAAGGCCAGCAGCUGGAGCAGCAGCUGCAAAAUCAGCAGCAGGCGCAGCAGGAGGCCGCGGCGGCAGCCGCGGCCGCAGCGGCUGCACAGCAGCCUCAGCAGCCACAGCCCGGGCAGCCUGCGCCGCCGCAGGCGCAGGCACAAGCGCAGCCGCCGGCGGGCUCGGCAGGGUCCGCCACUCCGGGGGUCGCAGCUGGGGGCGGCGCCACGGCGGCGCUGGCGACGUCCCCACCGCCGGCGGCGGCUGGGGCUGCGACGCCGCCGCCUGUGACGCUGAUGGCCCAGGCGCGGACGGACGUGGCGGUGAUUCCGGUGGUGGGAGGGAACCAGCUGGUGGUGGCUCGGCCGCUGGACCUGCCGGAGCGAAUGGUGGCGCUGGCCUGCGCCCUCACCAUCGACUACGACUACUUCAGCCAGCACUCGCACUCGGGCGGCGGGCUGGUUGGGCCCAUGAUGUACCCCAUGCCCAUGCCGCUGCCCGGAGGCGGCGGAGGCGGGGCGCCGCCUGCGGCGGUGCCGGGGGCGGAGGGAGGAGAGGGCGUGGCGGGCGCGGCGAGUGCUGGCGCGGCGGCGGGCACGGUUGGGGAGAUGGGGGCGGGUGGUGUGGGCGCGGGCGCGGAUGCGGGGGCGGGGGCGGGAGGAUGGGGUGGAGCGGACGGGGCGCAGCAGGGUGCGGGCGGGGCCGCGGGCGCGGGGUCGGGGUGGAGUGAUGAGGGCUUCGAUUCGGGGAAGAGCUGGGGCCAGCCGGGCAGCGAUGGGGGAGAUGGGGAGAUGAAGUGGGACCUGGGCGGCGACGGCGGCGUGGCGGAUGCGGGCGGCGGCGAGGAGGGCGGCGGCGUGGUGGGCGUCAUCAAGACGCUGUGGGGGAUUUUCGGCGGAGGGGAUGAGUGAAGCCUGACUCUGUCACGUCCUGAGGGAGGCCGUGUUGCAUGAACAUGGUGGCUUGGCGUGGUGCUAAUGCGUGGGUCGCUAGGGACUCCCUGGACGGGAUGGCUUUGAUGUCUCGUGAGCGUGGGCGACCGGGGAAAGCGUAGGGCGUAGACUGCAGCUUCAUGGAGUGUGCAGGCGGUGUGGAGCGGGCGGGUCAGGGCCGCAUGAUGACUUGCAACACUAACUUGCAUUCUGUAAUAGUGGACAACG